AUGGUGACGCAAAGUAGUGGUGGGGGUGCUGCUGGUAGUAGUGGUGAGGAAGAUGCCAAACAUGUAUUGGAUGAAUUUGGGCAACAAGUGUACAAUGAAAAAGUGGAAAAGUAUGCUAAUUCUAAAAUAUAUAAAGAGGCGUUGAAAGGAGAUUUGUCACAAGCAUCAAUUUUGAGCGAAUUAGCUGGCACCUAUAAACCAUGUGCCCUUGAAUAUGAAUAUUAUAAGCAUACUAAUGGCGGUGGUAAGGGUAAAAGGUAUCCGUGUACAGAGUUAGGUGAAAAAGUAGAACCACGUUUUUCGGAUACACUUGGUGGUCAGUGUACUAACAAAAAAAUAGAAGGUAAUAAAUAUAUUAAAGGUAAGGAUGUUGGUGCUUGUGCACCAUACCGACGUCUACAUCUAUGUAGUCAUAAUUUGGAAAGUAUACAAACAAAUAAUUAUAAUAGUGGUAAUGCUAAACAUAAUUUAUUGGUAGAUGUGUGUAUGGCAGCCAAAUACGAAGGGGACUCAAUAAAAAACUAUUAUCCAAAGUAUCAAAGAACAUAUCCUGAUACUAAUUCUCAAUUAUGUACCGUGUUGGCACGAAGUUUUGCUGAUAUAGGAGAUAUCGUACGCGGUAAAGAUCUGUAUCUCGGUAAUCCACAAGAAAGUACACAAAGAAUAAUAUUAGAAAAUAAUUUGAAAGAUAUUUUCGCGAAAAUACAUAGUGACGUGAUGUCAACGAGCGGGAGUAAUGGGAGGGCGCUACAAAAACGCUACAAAGAUACUGAUAAUUAUUAUGAAUUGAGAGAAGAUUGGUGGGCACUUAAUAGAGACCAAGUAUGGAAAGCUAUCACAUGCAAUGCUGGGGGUGGUAAUAGAUAUUUUCGACAAACAUGUGGUUCAGGAGAAUGGGCUAAAGACAAAUGCCGGUGUAAGGACGACAAGGUCCCCACAUAUUUUGACUAUGUGCCACAGUAUCUUCGCUGGUUCGAGGAAUGGGCCGAAGAUUUUUGUAGAUUAAGGAAACAUAAAUUAAAAGAUGCUAAAAACAAAUGUCGUGGAGAUAGUGGUAACGAUAGAUAUUGUGAUCUUAAUAGGUAUGAUUGCACACAAACUAUUAGAGGAAAUGAACAUUUUGUUGAAAAGGAUGAUUGUAAAGGUUGUCAGUAUUCGUGCGCUCAUUUUGUGAACUGGAUAGAUAACCAAAAACUAGAAUUUGAAAAACAAAAAGAAAAAUAUACAAAAGAAAUUAAAAAAAAGCAUCCAACAACCAUAAUAAUAAAAACUGCAAAUCGAAAAACAACUAUUAAUAACUUAUAUGUAAAAGAAUUUUAUAAAAAACUUCAAGAGAAAUAUGGAGAUGUCGAAAAUUUUUUACAAAAAUUAAAUGAAGAACAAAUAUGCAAAAAUCAACCGUACAAUGAUGAAAGUAGUAUUGAUAUUAAUUUCAAAAGUAUUAAAGAUAUUGACAUAUUUUCUCAUACGGAAUACUGUCAAGCAUGUCCAUGGUGCGGGGCCAAACGUAAAGGUAAAGGAUGGGAACCUAAAGAAAAAACCUGUGGAAAAACAAAGACAUACGAUCCUAAGAAAACAACGAAUAUACCAAUACUUACCCCUUAUAUAUCACAGCAAAGUAUACUAAAAAAAUAUAAUAAAUUUUGUAAUGGUAAUGGUGGAAAUGGUGCACCUGCUACUGCAACUGGUGGUGGUCAAAUUAAAAAUUGGCAAUGUCAUUAUGAAGGUGAUAAUAAUGAUAAUUGUGUAGAAGGAGAAUGGAAAGAGUUUAAAGAGGGUAAAAACGUUAUGUCCUAUAAUGCUUUUUUUUGGAAGUGGGUUCAUGAUAUGUUAAUCGACUCUAUGCAAUGGAGAAAUGAACAUGGAAAUUGUAUAAAUAAAGAUAAUGACAACACAUGUAAAAAUUCAUGCAAAAGACCAUGUGAAUGUUUUAAAAGAUGGGUAGAUCAAAAAAAAAAAAACGAAUGGGAGGCAAUAAAAGACCAUUUUAAAAAGCAAAAUAUUGCAGCUGAAACACAAUGUGAUCCUGGCGUAACUCUUCAAUGGGUUUUGAUAUUAGACUUUUUGAAAGACGAAUCCACAGAAGAUAAGGAAAAUAAGGUGAGUGCAGAGGAGGCAAAGGAAAUAAAACACCUUCGCCAAAUGUUGCAACAAGCAGGCGUUGAUGAUCCUGCUGCUUUUGCUCGUCCGUGUACUGAAGAUGGUGUCGCUGAACAGGACACUAUAAUGGAUAAAUUGCUCAAUCGCGAAGAAAACGAUGCCACUGAAUGCAAAAAAUGCGACAAACCACCACCAGCACCCACUGCAGGAGAUCGUGGCCCUGGAGCCCGCGCCGACCCCCACGACGUCCAACAGCCACGACCUCCUGGUAGUGGCCCCGGCACGGACGCCAACGACGAAGACGAUGAUGACGAUGAUGACGAUGAUGACGAAGAAGACGGUGAAGCCAAAGAAGAAGAAGAAGACGAGGAAAAACAAGAGGACGUCCACCAGGAGGAAAAGGCAAAGAAGGAAGAACCACAAAAAGAGGAGGUGGCACGAACACCAAAAGACGAUGUAAAUGUGUGCAAUAUAGUGAACAAUGUGUUUACAGACGGCAGUAGUCUCCAAGCAGCGUGCUCUCUCAAAUAUGGCAAAAACGCACCCACAAGUUGGAAGUGUGUCACACCAAGUGGUAACACGAGUGACACCACUGUCAAAAGUGGUGACACCACCGGUGGUAGUAUUUGUGUGCCACCCAGGAGACGACGAUUAUAUGUCACACCACUAACGAGAUUGACAGGUGGUGACAGUACCACACAGGCGUCACAGGCGAGUGAGGUACAGACACAAGCACGUGGUAGUAACACGGAUAAGUCACCAGGUAGUAGUGAGGCAGCACAAGGUGACGGCGUGUCGAAAGACCCACAAAAGGCACUACUCAAAGCUUUUGUUGAGUCUGCAGCAGUUGAAACCUUCUUCCUAUGGGAUAGAUAUAAAAAAAUAAAAGAGAAGGAGAAAAAGGAAAAAAAGAAAACAUAUGAACAAAUAUAUGAAUCAACCGACUAUGACGAUGAAGAAAAAGAUCCACAAGAAGAAUUAAAAAAAGGAAUAAUCCCUGAUGAGUUUAAGCGUCAAAUGUUUUAUACGUUAGGUGACUACAAAGAUAUAUUAUACAGUGGUGAUACGGUGAAUGGUGGUAAUGAGGACAAAAUAAAAAAAGCUAUAAAUAACUAUUUUCAAAAAAUUCGUGAACAAUCUUCUAGUGAUAACAACCCAUCUCCUCGUAGUGUCAAAACCCCUUCAACUAGUGACAAGGACCCUCAAACCUGGUGGAAUGCACACGCCCCUUCCAUCUGGAAUGCUAUGGUAUGUGCUUUAACAUAUGAUACAAACAGUGGCGGAGAGGGCAAAACCACAACUAUUACGCAGGAUCCUAAUUUGAAAACUGCACUUUGGGACGAAAACGGCAAAAAACCCCUCAAAACCAAAUACCAAUAUGAUAGUGUCACAAUUGGUGCUAGUGGUGCCAAACCCCAAACCAAAGCCAAACCCACUGGUGGUGACACCCCCCUCACCCAAUUUGUGUUACGCCCCACCUACUUCCGAUACCUUGAAGAAUGGGGUCAAAAUUUUUGUAAAAAACGAACAGAGAUGUUGGAGAAAAUAAAAUAUGAGUGUAAAGUAGGACAAGGUCGUGGUGGUCGUAAACAAAAAACCCCACAAUGUAGUUGUUAUGGGGAAAAUUGUGACGAUCAGCUUGACGACAAUCCUAGUACUGAUGCGGAUUUAAAAUGUCCUGGUUGUGGAAGAGAAUGUAGAAAAUAUAAAAAAUGGAUAGAAAAAAAAAAAGAGGAAUUUACUAAACAAUCAAAUGUAUAUGAAGAACAAAAAACAAAAUGCCAAAAGGAAAGUAAGAGUGCUAAAGGUAAUAACCACGGUAAUGAAUUUUGUGGAACACAAGGAACGUGCGAUACAGCUGGAGACUUUUUAAAUAGGUUAAAAAGUGGACCAUGUAAAAAGGAGAAUGGAAAGGAUAAUCAAGAGGAUGAAAUAAAUUUUAAGGAUGAAGAUAAAACAUUUGGACAUGAAAAUUAUUGUGCUCCAUGUCCUGUAUUUAAAGAUAUAUGUAAAAAAAAGGAUUGCCGUAAUGCUUCUAACAAUAUGUGCAAUGGAAAAGAUUUUAUUACUGCAGAAGAUAUUAAAAUAAUGGACAGCAGUAGUGAAGAAGUUAAUAUGCUUGUGAGUGAUAACGAUACAAAUAAAUUUGAUGGUGGUUUAGACGCUUGUAAAGAUGCCCAUAUCUUUAAAGGUAUUAAAGAAAAUAAAUGGUCAUGUGGUAACGUAUGUGGUUAUAAUGUGUGUAAACCGAAAAAAGUUAAUGGGGAAAAAGGUAGUGGGGAAAACAAUGAUCAAAUUAUAACAAUUAGAGGUUUGGUUACACAUUGGGUACAAAAUUUUUUAGACGAUUAUAAUAAAAUUAGAACAAAAUUAAAGCCAUGUAGGAAUAAUGGUGAGGUAUCCAAAUGUAUAAAAGAUUGUGUGAAAAAAUGGGUAGAAAAAAAAACUGAAGAAUGGCCAAAAAUACGAGAUCGUUACUUGGAACCAUAUAAAAGUGAUGAUGGCUAUAACAAAAAAUCUUUGGUUAGAAGUUUUAUGGAGACCUUGAUACCUCUAAUGGAUCUUACAAAUGGUAAGGAAAAGAUUCAAGAAUUAAAUAAGUUCCUUAGGUCAUAUGAAUGUAAUUGCGCUGAUAACUCACAACAAAAAGGUGAUACACCAAAAGACAUCGUAGAAUGUUUGCUUGAAAAGCUUGAAGAUAAAGCAAACAAGUGUAAAACCCAAACUAGUGGUACCGACUGUCACCCCUCCACCCCCCUUGAAGAUGACGAUGAACCCCUUGAAGAAACAGAAGAAAAUACUGUGGAACAACCGAACAUUUGUCCAACAAAACAACCACAACCAGAGAAAGAAGACGGUUGUGAAGCAGCACCAACAACAGCAGAAGAAACGUCACCAACAGCAACUAGUGAAGGCACAGAGAACCAAUCCCCUCCACCUCCUCCUCCAGCACCAGCACCAGCACCAGCACCGGCACCAGAAAAAUCACAACCAAAAGAAGACAAAAAAGUGGAACCACAACCCAAACCACAACCAACAAACCCCCCCCCAAAUUUGUUCAACAACCCCGCUGUUAUACCCGCCCUCAUGUCUUCUACCAUCAUGUGGAGUAUUGGCAUCGGUUUUGCUGCAUUCACUUAUUUUCUUCUAAAGAAAAAAACCAAAUCAUCUGUUGGAAAUUUAUUCCAAAUACUGCAAAUACCCCAAAACGAUUAUGGAAUACCAACAUUGAAAUCCAAAAAUAGGUACAUACCAUAUAGAAGUGGUACAUAUAAAGGCAAAACAUAUAUUUAUAUGGAAGGAGAUAGCAGUGGAGAUGAAAAAUAUGCAUUUAUGUCUGAUACUACUGAUGUAACUUCCUCAGAAAGUGAGUAUGAAGAAUUGGAUAUUAAUGAUAUAUAUGUACCGCAUGCUCCUAAAUAUAAAACAUUAAUUGAAGUAGUACUUGAACCUAGUGGUAACAACACAACAGCUAGUGGUAAAAACACACCUAGUGAUACACAAAAUGAUAUACCAACUAGUGAUACACCACCACCCAUUACUGAUAAUGAGUGGAAUACAUUGAAAGAUGAAUUUAUAUCACAAUAUCUACAAAGUGAACAACCAAAGGAUGUACCAAAUGAUUAUAAAAGUGGUGAUAUUCCAUUGAAUACACAACCGAAUACUUUAUAUUUUAAUAAACCUGAAGAAAAACCUUUUAUUACUUCUAUUCAUGAUAGGGAUUUAUAUACUGGAGAACAAAUUAGUUAUAAUAUUCAUAUGAGUACUAAUACUAUGGAUGAUCCAAAAUAUGUAUCAAAUAAUGUAUAUUCUGGUAUAGAUUUAAUUAAUGACGCACUAAAUGGUGAUUAUGACAUUUACGAUGAAAUAUUGAAACGAAAAGAAAAUGAAUUAUUUGGAACAAAUCAUGUGAAACAAACAAGUAUACAUAGUGUUGCCAAACUAACAAAUAGUGACCCCAUCCACAACCAACUGGAACUAUUCCAUAAAUGGUUAGAUAGACAUAGAAAUAUGUGUGAAAAGUGGAAAAAUGAUAAUGAGCGGUUAGCCAAAUUAAAAGAAGAGUGGGAAAAUGAGACACAUAGUGGUAACACUCACCCUAGUGAUAGUAACAAAACGUUAAAUACUGAUGUUUCUAUACAGAUAGAUAUGGAUCAUGAAAAACGAAUGAAGGAAUUUACUAAUAUGGAUACUAUCUUGGAUGAUUUGAAAACAUAUAAUGAACCUUAUUAUGAUGUGCAAGAUGAUAUUUAUUAUGAUGUAAAUGAUCAUGAUGCAUCAACUGUGGAUAGUAAUAAUAUGGAUGUUCCCAGUAGAGUACAAAUUGAAAUGGAUGUAAAUACGAAAUUGGUGAAAGAGAAAUAUCCUAUAGCCGAUGUAUGGGAUAUAUAA